CCGGAGCAGCAGCAGCAGCAGCAGCAGCAGCAUCAUCAGCAGCGGCCGCGCACACCGCCGCCGCCUCCUCGGAAGCCGCAGCCCUGCUCCACCUGGCUGCAGUCAUGGCUGCUGAUGGUGUGGACGAACGCUCGCCCCUGCUGUCCGCAUCCCACUCCGGCAAUGUCACUCCCACCGCCCCGCCGUACUUGCAGGAAAGCAGCCCCAGAGCGGAGCUCCCACCUCCAUAUACAGCCAUCGCCAGUCCAGAUUCCAGUGGUAUUCCCGUAAUCAACUGCAGCGUGUGCCAAUCUCUAAUCAAUUUGGAUGGCAAACUUCACCAGCAUGUGGUUAAGUGCACAGUUUGCAAUGAAGCUACGCCAAUCAAAACCCCCCCAUCAGGGAAGAAAUAUGUUAGAUGCCCUUGUAAUUGUCUCCUCAUUUGUAAGGAUACAUCUCGGCGAAUAGGAUGUCCGAGACCCAACUGUAGACGAAUAAUUAACCUUGGCCCAGUAAUGCUGAUUUCUGAAGAACAACCAGCUCAGCCUGCAUUGCCAGUCCAACCAGAAGGAACGAGGGUGGUUUGUGGGCACUGUGGAAACACAUUUCUGUGGAUGGAACUGAGGUUCAACACUCUGGCAAAAUGCCCACACUGCAAAAAAAUCUCUUCUGUAGGUAGUGCACUUCCCCGAAGACGCUGCUGUGCAUACAUCACCAUUGGAAUGAUAUGCAUUUUUAUUGGUGUUGGGUUAACUGUUGGCACCCAAGACUUUGCAAGGAGAUUUCAUGCAACCUACGUUUCCUGGGCCAUUGCUUACCUCUUAGGCUUGAUCUGCCUUAUCCGAGCCUGUUACUGGGGAGCCAUCAGAGUCAGUUACCCAGAACACAGUUUUGCAUAAGUUUACUAAUGAUGCACUGAUGCAGGGUUAAGUGUCUAGCAGUUCUUGAUAAGCUAUUCUGGACAUCUUGAAAUCAUAUAUCCUAAUAGAUUCCAUUCUGCUUAUGUAUCAUAGUUUUAAGACUUUGUGAGUCUUUUCUGAACAAAGUCUCACUGCACUACAUUAUAUGCAAGCUCAUUUUGCUGCUAGGUUUUCAAAAUUGGAAUAAUAAAUGUUGUGUUUUAUUUCUUUUAAAUCAAUUAAAGAUAUUUUUGAAUUUGUCAUCAAACAUUACAUAUGCCAGUCUGUUACUGUGUUCAGCUCAAUUAUUCCACUACUUGCUAAUCUGUGACUAUUCCCAAGAAUUGUUUAUAAAUGUUUCUAUAAUAGUUUUACAUUUAUACUUAUAUUUUAAUUAAAUAGUAUCAACAUUGCUUGCUUUAAAAUCUAGCAAUAUGCAUUUUUGCUUGAACUGCUUACAGUAAUUCUAACCUAAGAUUACAGUGACCAUAUUCAGGAAAAAAGAAAUUGAGUAUACUUUCAAAAUCUUGACAUUCUUGUCAGAGAAUCAUUUAUAGAUACUGUAUGCUUGUUUUUUGUUGUUGUUGUUUGUAGAAAGAUACAAUAUUUUGAUAGUAAUUUAAAAUAUAAGAAUGAAAAUAUUUGUUCACAGUUGAAGAUGUUGGAUAAAUGUCUGUUCCCUGAGAUCACAGGACUUCUUGCCUUUUGUUCUUGUCUUUUUAUUUACCAGUUACAUAAUCUAAUCUGAUUUUAUGGAAUUUUAAUACUAAUUGGCUAAAUGUAUUCCUUUAGAGACUGGAGGGUCUAUUUCAGAUCACAUGUUUUGUAAUACUUCAUCAUUUAAUCAAAGAUAUCUUUGCACUGGGUUGCACUCCUUUUCAUUAGAUCAUGGUAAAGUUUUCUUAUUUGGAUGUACCACAUAUACGUAGACAGAAACCAUGACUUUUUGCAAUAGCUGAAAUGUUAAGAUUAGUGAUAUUCUCACCAUUCUUCAACUGGUCAGUUAAUUACUGUUGAUUCAAGAAGAUAGAUUAAGGGCAAAGAACAGCAUAGUUUUUUUGAGAAUUCACUUGGGAUUUGUGGACUCAGCUUUUGCACUGCCCUUUUUGCAUUUUAGAAGAAGAAAUCAUUUGAGAAUGAAUGUUCUAAACUCUAUUACAUUGCAGAAUUAGAUCAGGAGAUGGUUGGAAUAAAUCAAUAGGUAAUUCUGGGAAUAAGGCUAAUUAUCUCAAGUUACUUAUGUUCCUGACUCACGUAAAAAAUGUGCUCACCAGAGAGUUUAAGCAAAAUCCAUGUAAACUUCAAAGAGUAAAUGAUAAGUGUAUGAAUGCAGUAGCUCAGGAUAAUCUGUAUCUUUGAAAGUACACUAAUAAAGGUUAUUAUUCAAAAAUUA